AUGAGCCUCACUGGUGACACAACCACCCUCCAACCACCUUGCGCCGCGUGCAAGCACCAAAGGAGGGAGUGCGCCAACGAUUGCCCACUCGCGCCCUACUUCCCCCCUCACCAACCCAAGACCUUCCGAAACGUCCACCGGCUCUUCCAUGUCGCCAGCGUCAUGAAAGCACUCCGACUGGGCCCGACUCAGAGGGCCGAGGCCAUGAAAUCCAUCAUCUACCAGGCCGACAUGCGCGAGAAAUUCCCCGUCCACGGUUGCCUUGGUGUAAUCCGCCGUCUCGAGCAUCAGACGGAGUUGGCCCUCGAAGAACUCCGCGAUGUUCGUUCACAGCUUGCGCGUUAUCAGAUGACAUCCGCGCAUGAUUACUCCUCCUACCCUGACAGUGACAGUUCAGAGACCGAACUUCCAAAAGUUUGA